UCACUCACUUCUUCGGCUUUCAAGCUUAAACCCUAGCCGCUUCCAUUCUUUGAAGCUCUCCAUCAAAUCCCGGUCCUCGUUUUUCUGUGGCCAUAAACUUUUAGUUACAAUGGCAUUUUGCAAUAAGCUUGGGAAUCUUUUAAGGCAGGGUGCUGCACAAAACAGACAAGUACCAGUUGCAUCAAUGCUCAAUUAUGUUCGCUGCAUGUCCUCCUCCAAGCUUUUCAUUGGCGGCCUUUCUUAUGGAGUUGAUGAUCAAUCUCUCAGGGAUGCAUUUGCUAGCUUUGGAGAUGUGGUUGAGGCAAGGGUUAUAACUGACAGAGACACUGGAAGGUCAAGAGGGUUUGGAUUUGUUAAUUUCUCCAGUGAUGACUCUGCAAGUUCAGCUCUUUCUGCAAUGGAUGGGCAGGAGCUAAAUGGGAGAAACAUUCGGGUGAGCUAUGCAACUGAUAGACCGGCUAGACCUCGUUCCUUUGGUGGCGGCGGCGGAUAUGGUGGUGGUUUUGGUGGAAAUGGGAGGGAUGAUGGAGGAUUUGGCAAUCAAUCCUUCUAAAAAUUUCCCACCUUAUCCCUUUGAUCUUUAACUGUGGCUAUGUUUAGCUAGUUCGUGAAUUACUUGAUUUUAGUCAAGUUUAUGUGACUCAGCACCUAAACUUUUAAAAUUUGUGGAAGUUCAUAUGCAGACGCAUUGUCUCGAAUGGUAUUUUUUGUUCAGAUAAUUGUUGAUUUGAAUCUUGUUAACGAAUCUCA